AUGCAAGCAGGAGAAAAACCGACGCCAGGGACUCAUAAUGUUGAAAAACUUCGAACAGCUGGCUCCGAGCCUGUGAAUAAUGUUCAGCAGGUGCUACUAAAUAUUCAAAAUGUGCUGCCGGAUGAUGACUUUCCCUGGUAUAAACAGCGGCAUUUGCUGCUACUCAACAUCUUCAUGAUAAUUCCCUACCUAUCAUCUACAACAAACGGCUAUGAUGGGUCUAUGCUCAAUGGCUUGCAAUCCAUGAAUCAGUGGCAACAAUUUUUCAAUUUUCCCACUAGUACGCGACUCGGAUCCCUCUCCAAUGGUGUUAUUUUUGGCCAGAUUGUCGCCUUUCCCAUUGCACCCUGGCUCUGCGACAACACCGGCAGACGUUUUCCUAUCUUCCUCGGAUCUUUUCUGUUGGUCAUUGGCGCCGUCUUGCAGUCUGCGUCCCAGAAUUAUACUAUGUUUCUCAUUUCACGCAUGGUCAUUGGCUUUGGAGGCCUGAUUGCUGUUGAAGCAUCUCCCAUGCUUGUGAGCGAGCUAGCUUAUCCUACUCAUCGUUCAGUCCUUGUCGGCUACUAUAACAAUCUGUGGUACCUUGGUGCAUUAUCAGCAGCCUGGAUCACCUACGGCACAUACUUCAUGGGACCCAAUUCCUCAUGGGCAUGGCGGAUACCCUCCCUCUUGCAAGGGUUUUUCCCUCUAUUACAGGUUCUUUUCGUGUAUUUACUGCCCGAAUCUCCAAGAUACCUAGUCCAGAAAGAUCGUUAUGACGACGCUCGCAGGGUACUGGUUAAAUACCAUGCCGGUGGGGACGAAAACUCUUCCCUUGUAGAUUAUGAGAUGAGGGAAAUUAUCCUACAUGUCGCCGCCGCGAGGGCCUCAUCCAGUACACGAUAUAGAGAGUUUAUCAAAACAAGCGGCAACAGACAUCGCCUCUUCAUUGUCAUACUUGUUCCCUGCAUGAUGCAACUCUCUGGUAACGGUCUGGUCGCAUACUAUUUGCACCUUGUUCUUAGCUCAAUCGGAUUAACUUCGAGCCCGCAGCAACUCCGUAUUAACGGUGGUCUGAUGGUGUUUAAUUUAGGCGUCUCCAUUCUCAUGGCUUCACUGAUGGAAUUGGCCGGUCGCCGCCGACUCUUUCUGUUCUCUACAGUUGGGAUGCUAAUCUCCUUUGUAAUAUGGACCAUCCUAUCAGCUAUCAAUCAAGAGCAAAAUUUCCAACACGGCUCGCUAGGAAUAGGCGUUGUAAUUAUGAUAUUCGUCUACCAGUUCUUCUAUAAUGCGGGGCUUAAUGGUCCCCCAUGGGUCUACGUCACCGAAGUGCUUCCCACCCACCUUCGCGCGAAAGGUACCAACAUCAUGCAGAUUGCAGGCACAUGCGCUCUAAUCUUCAACGGAUACGUCAAUCCUAUAGCUAUGGAGGCAAUUACUUGGAGAUACUACAUUUUGUAUUGCUGUGUAAUCGCCGUUGAGAUUGUGAUCGUCUACCUUGUGUUUCCGGAAACGAAAGGUCGUAGUUUGGAAGAGGUCGCUGUGCUUUUUGAUGGAGAAGCUGCGUUUGGUGGAAAUGAUCUGAAGAAGGAAAUUGAGAAAAUUGAGGCGAGCGGUAAGGAACAGUACAUUUAG